UUAACUUAUUUUAGCUCUCAUCUUCACGUCCCUGCAACAAACAUUGUUAAAAACUCCGAGUCAAACAAAAAUUCAACUAACAAAAGAGCUUCUCUCAUGUCAUCUUUGCCUCUCUUACAUCAACUUGAUAUAAUCUUUCUUGAUAUCAGACAAAGCCAUCGACAUUAUACCAGUUCAGGAUCAUCUCAUCUUCACUAGUUGAUUGGAUAGUGAUUGAAGAAAGAUGAGGCAGAGGCCUAAAGGUGCUUCUUCAAAGUCAAAUUUAUCUGGUGCUGUUGCCAGUGGUGAGACAAGCAAUCGAGACAAUAGUGGUGGUAAAGUGAAUAAUGUUUUGAAGGAUAAGAAUGUGGUUGUGGUGGCUAAGAGGUCGUCGUAUGUGAUAUUCACAUUGUUUGUGCUGGCAAUAUAUGGAGCUUGGGGUGUGUACCAUUAUCAGUUUGAGAGUCUGCCGGUUCCGCUGACCCUCGAUCAAGUAGGGAAAAGGGGUUUUUCUGAGCAUGAGGCCAUGAAACAUGUUGAAGCUCUGACUCGAUUAGGCCCCCAUCCAGUUGGUUCCGAUACCCUUGAGAGUGCUUUAAAGUAUGUUACAGAAGCAAUAGAAACUAUAAAGAAAAAAGCCCAUUGGGAGGUUGACAUGGAAGUGGAUUUGUUCCAUGCAAAACAUGGUGCUAACAAUCUAGUUGGUGGCCUCUUUAAAGGGAAAACUCUUGUUUAUUCAGAUUUGAAUCAUGUUGUAUUAAGAAUCAUGCCCAAAUAUGCAUCUGAAGCAGGAGAAAAUGCAAUUCUGGUUUCUUCCCACAUUGACACUGUUUUUGCCGCAGAAGGAGCUGGUGAUUGCAGUUCAUGUGUGGCUGUUAUGCUGGAGCUUGCUCGAGGAGUUUCACAAUGGGCUCAUGGAUUUAAGCAUGCUGUUAUAUUUUUGUUUAAUACUGGAGAGGAGGAAGGUUUGAAUGGUGCUCACAGCUUUAUCACUCAGCAUCCUUGGAGCGAUACAGUACGAAUAGCUAUUGAUUUGGAAGCCAUGGGUAUAGGAGGCAAAUCUGGUAUUUUCCAGGCUGGUCCUCAUCCUUGGGCCAUAGAAAACUUUGCUUUGGUAGCAAAAUAUCCAUCUGCUCAGAUUGUUGCCCAGGAUAUUUUCUUGUCUGGGGCUAUAAAAUCUGCGACGGAUUUUCAAGUGUACAAAGAGCUUGCAGGACUUUCCGGGCUUGACUUUGCAUAUGCCGAUAAUACUGCAGUGUACCACACCAAGAAUGAUAAGUUAAAACUUCUGAAACCUGGUUCUCUCCAACAUCUUGGAGAAAAUAUGCUCGCUUUCUUGCUUCAUGCAGCUGCCUCCUCCAGCCUUCCGAAAGGCAAGGCAACGGAAUCAGAUAUAGAAUCCAGCCAGGACAAAGCUAUAUAUUUUGAUGUUUUGGGAACAUACAUGAUCACGUUUCGUCAGCGCCUCGCCAAUAUGCUUUACAAUUCAGUAAUAUUGCAGUCACUUUUACUAUGGUCUACAUCACUGCUCAUGGGUGGUUAUUCAGCGGCUCUAUCACUGCUCCUAUCAUGUUUGAGUCUGGUACUUAUGUGGAUAUUCUCCAUUAGCUUUUCCAGUGUCGUGGCUUUUAUUCUUCCCCUCAUAUCUUCUUCACCAGUGCCAUUUAUCUCUAGCCCGUGGCUGGUAGUUGGUUUGUUUGGUGCACCUGCUCUUCUUGGGGCAUUUUUGGGUCAGCUCGUCGGUUUUAUUGUCCUUGAAUCAUAUUUGUUUCGUACAUUACCUGAAAGAAGGAAGAAUCUACCUGCUAACUUGCAAUCCAGUGUGGCUAAGUUAGAUGCUGAAAGAUGGCUCUAUAAAGCUGGUUUAUUACAGUGGCUUGUUCUGCUGAUGGUUGGAAAUUACUACAGGAUUGGUUCUACUUAUUUGGCUCUUGCUUGGUUAGUCUGCCCUGCAUUUGCAUAUGGUUUGCUUGAAGCAACGUUAUCACCAGCAAGGUUGCCGAAGCCGCUCAAAACUUUGACCUUGUUAAUUGGCUUGUUUGUGCCCUUCCUACUCUCGUCUGGCAUGGUUAUUAGGUUGAGUGCUACUAUAAUUGGAACUGCUGUCCGAUUUGUAAGGUACCCUGGUACCACGCCUGAAUGGAUGGGAAAUGUAAUAGUUGCUGUAUUCAUUGCUGCUAUUGUUUGUUUGACACUCGUCUAUCUACUCUCGUAUAUUCACAUCUCAGGUGCAAAAAUGUCGAUUAUCAUUGCUACCAGCAUUGUAUUUGUGGUCUCUGUUGGUGCCGUGUGGGCAGGUGUUUUUCCACCGUUUACAGAAGAUACUGCUCGAGCUGUAAAUGUCGUGCAUGUAGUGGACGAGACAAGAACAAAUGGCGAAAAGCUUGAACCUGUUUCGUACAUUUCUCUGUUCUCGACAACCCCUGGAAACUUGAUUAAAGAGGCCGACCAUAUUGGGGAGGGAUUCGUUUGCGGCACUGAUAGACAUUUAGAUUUCGUUACGUUUUCCGUCAAUUACAGUUGUUCGACGGACAAGGGUGCUGCUACUGGCUGGCUUGAGUCUGAUAUUCCAGCGAUCCAUGUGGAUAAGGAUGUGAAAGGAGAAAGCCGAGAGACGCAAAUUUCAAUAGACACCAGAGCUUCCACUCGUUGGUCUCUUGCCAUCAAUACCAGAGAAAUCGAUGACUUCCGGUUGAAAGACACAGACAGUUCCGAGGAGUUGAUUCCACUAGGUGAAAAGAGCAGUGUGGACGGAUGGCACACCAUUCAGUUCUCCGGUGGGAGGAAGGCGCCUACCAAGUUUAACCUCUCAUUGUUCUGGCUCAAAAACAGAACUCAGACGACAACUGGGGGCGUGAAAAACAACGACCGCCUUCUUCUGAGGCUCAGAACGGACGUAGACAGAUCAACACCACCAAUGAAGACCAUUCUCCAGAAGCUCCCUCCAUGGUGUUCCCAGUUUGGGAAGUCGACAUCUCCCCACACGUUAGCGUUUUUGACUAGUCUAUCGAUCUUUUGAUCUAUUUAUACUCCAUCCGUAGUUUGUUACAUGAUUGCACGAGAUGUUGAGUUAUAGAGACGCUGCUUUCAUCAUCGCCAGUCGACCAAAACGACCAUGAAAGAUGCGUACGAGCUACGACACAUAGACAGAUCAAUGCCUAGAGCUGGAGUUGUCGUGACGAACCUUGUUAGAACAUAUGUGAAAUGAUAAAUUAUGUAUUAAAACAUUUUUAUUUAUUUUUUUUAGAAUUUUAUGGAUAUUUCUUAGUCAUAGCUCAUUAUAUCCGUAUCUGAAAAGGUUAAAUUCCAGCAUACAGACAUUAUUUUAGAAUUUAGAUUUUUGAACCCAAAAUCCGGGUAAAGA